AUGAACUUAAACAGGGAGGUGACCCGACAGAACAGCUCGUAUUCGUAUGUGAUAGAAGAAGACGAUCCAGCCCUGGCAAGCCGAAACGUAUUUGAGUUGGCCGUGAAGGGUGAGCUCGCUCUCCUGCAGAACCUGGUGAGGAAGAGCCCAAAGGUCCUGAGUGAGAGAGAUGAAUACGGAGCGAGUACCCUUCAUCACGCUGCCGCAGGGGGCCACGUCACCCUCAUCCAAUUCAUCACCACUGUCAUAGACUCACAGGGUAAGCAUGCCUCAGUCAUCGAUCAUAAGGUGCACUCCAGCACAGAGCUGAACAGCUGUGAUGAGCAGGGCAACGUGCCCCUACACUGGGCAGUGGAGCAGAACAAGGCGGAGAGCUGCAGGGCUCUUAUGGACCUGGGGGCCAACCCCAACAUCCUCAACACAGCCCUCCUGUCCCCUCUGCACCUGGCUGUCAACCGUGGACACAACAACCUGGUGGAGCUGCUGGUGUCUUACAGUGCCACAGACUGUAAUCUGGAGGGAGACCUUGGGAACAACCCAGUGAUACUGGCCAGCUCUAUCAAUAACUGUGAGGCUCUAAGCAUAUUGUUAAAGCAUGGAGGGCGGCUCUGCCAACAGAACAAGCUCGGGCAUUUUCCUAUCCACGCAGCUGCCUUCGCAGGUGCAAAGAAAGCCAUGGAAGUGAUCCUGAAGGCCGGAGAGGAGUUGGGUCACUCAACUGUUGUUCACAUCAACUAUUUAGACAAGUCAAAGAGUAGUCCCCUCCAUCUGGCUGUUCGUGGUGGGAAUAUUGAAGCCAUCCGCCUCUGCAUUGCCACUGGGGCCAGAGUUGACCAGCAACAGAAUGACAGGUCCACACCGCUGCACUUUGCCUGUACCCAGGGUGCGACUGAGGUAGUCAAACUGAUGCUCUCCUCAUUCGACCAAGUGGAAGACAUCAUCAAUCUAACUGAUGGGGCAUGUCAGACCCCUCUGCACAGGGCAACAAUAUUUGACCACACAGAGCUGGUGGAGUACCUAAUUUCUUUGGGUGCAGACCUAAACAGCACUGAUUGUAAAGGAAAAUCUCCUUUGCUGCUGGCCACGAGCUGUGGAGCAUGGAGAACUGUGUCUCUGCUGCUGUCAAAAGGGGCAAAUGUAAAUGCGACAGACAGAUGCGGUUGUAACUUCCUCCACCUGGCCAUUCUGCAGCCUAAGGGUCUGAAGAAUCUUCCGCAAGAAGUACUGCAGCACAACAGUGUGAAGGCGCUGCUGAGCAGGGAGGACAACGACGGCUGCACCCCGCUCCACUACGCUUGCAGACUGGGUAUCCAUGACUCAGUAAAGAACAUGCUGGGCCUCUCGGGGCAGGUCGGCCUCGCAUGCAAGUCCAAGGACAAGAAGUCUGCCUUGCACUUUGCUGCCGAGUAUGGCCGCAUCAAUACAUGUCAACGAUUACUGGAGACCAUCACAGACUCUCGUUUGCUGAAUGAAGGUGACGGUCAAGGCCUGACUCCGCUUCAUUUGGCUUCAAGAGGGGGACACAUCAAGGUGGUGCAGUUGCUUCUGUGUAAAGGAGCUCUCUUUCAGAGUGAUUAUAAGGGUUGGAGCAGUCUGCACCAUGCUGCAUCUGAAGGAUACACACAAACUAUGGACAUCCUCCUGUCAACCAAUCCCAAGUUACUGGAUAAAACAGAUGACAACGGGAACACUGCACUGCACAUCGCAGCAAAAGAGGGACAUGUGGCUGCAGUGAGGAUGAUGCUGGCUCGGGGAGCGGAGCUCAUCUUAAACAAGAACGACACUUCGUUCCUGCAUGAAGCGCUUCAAAAUGGCAAGAAAGAUGUGGUCAAUGCGGUAAUCGACAGUGACAGAUGUGCUGAGGCAUUAAUAAUGUUUGCACCUGGCACAAGUCAGAGAUGUCCCAUACUAGACAUGAUUGAGUUCCUGCCUGAGACCUACAAGUACCUGUUGGACGGCUGUGUUAAGGAAUCUGACAAUGACUACAACAGUCCUGACUACCACAUUGAAUAUAAUUUCAGAUGGCUUCAAGCUCCCCUCACAGCAAAGAAGCAUGUUGACAAUUCCGUGAGGUGCAAACCACUGGCUGCACUCAAUGCGAUGGUGCAGUACAACCGGCUCGAGCUUCUCGAACACCCUGUCAGCAAAAAGUACCUGGCGAUGAAGUGGCUUGCAUAUGGGAGCAAGGCUCAUUUGCUCAACAUGUUUGUGUACCUGUUAGGCCUGCUGCCCCUCACUCAACUGAUAGUGACUCUGAGGCCCAGCAUGAACACCACUAGCACAGGGGAGCAAAUUAUCCUCAUGGUGCCUGUUUCUUUCAAAGAGCAAAGUGUGUAUCUGUCCUUCUGUAUGGUGAUGGUCGUGGCCAUGAACAUCUACUGCAUCGUGAAGGAAGUGGUGCAGAUAUCACAACAGCGCUGGAAUUACUUGAAAGAUUCGUCCAACCACAGCGACUGGUUUUCAGCCAUCUUCUCUCUGUUGUUCAUAAUCCCCAUCAUGGUCAACAUGGAAGGUUCUUUACACUGGCAAGCAGGGGCGCUAGCUGUCUUAAACUCAUGGAUUGGAUUUCUCCUUUAUCUCCAGAGGUUUGAGGGCGUUGGAAUCUAUGUUGUGAUGUUUGGAGAGAUCCUGAAGACGCUGGUCCGCAUCGUGAUGUUGUUCAUAUUUCUGGUGUGCGCUUUUGGACUAGCAUUCCAUGCACUGAUGCUCAACCAGAAAGAGUUUGACAGCGUGGAGCUCUCAGUGAUGCAGACCUUUGUGAUGAUGGUCGGGGAGCUGAACUACCAAAACAACUUUCUGGAAGCUUACAUGAACAACGAGCUUCCCUUCGGUCCGCUGACUUACUUAAUUUUUGUGCAAUUUGUGCUGCUCAUGCCCAUACUGCUGAUGAACCUGAUGAUUGGUUUAGCAGUUGGAGACAUCGCUGAAGUACAAAGAAAUGCUGUCUUGAAAAGAAUAGCCAUGCAGAUUGAACUCCACACUGCUCUGGAAGAUAAGCUCCCUUACUGGUUCAUGAAACGAGUCGACAAACCCUCCAUAACCAUCUACCCCAACCGCAAGUGCUCCAGGCGCUAUAUACAGCAGUUGUUUAUAGGCAGUGAGGAGUCAGUUGAAGUUUCGAGUCGUGUGCAGGCCAAGUCACAGAGCUGCACCAUGAUCGAGAACGAGCUAAGGAAGCAGAAGAGCAGGAUGAAAGAGAUGUCGAGCCUGCUGGAGAAGCAGUACAGCCUCCUGAAGCUCGUCAUCCAGAAGAUGGAGAUCACCACGGAGGCUGACGAGAACGACGGCCCCACGAACGUCAAAGCCAGCAGGUGGCCGAGUCUGAGUCGGUCUGGGCCGAGAGGACACACCGUGUCUCGCUGGGUCCCGCUGAUGAAGGCCAUUGAGUGUGAUAGAAAAUAAAAAUGAUGAUACAGAAACAUUAUAUAACCCUACAAAGUGAAAUAUCACCACAUUAUGCAGGUAAUCAUGGCAUUAUUACAUGACUCCUGCAAAAUGUUGUUCUGUUAACUUUAACGAUAGCCUUUAUGAAGCUUAGAUUCAUCUAAUAGUUAAAUAUAUAUACAACUGCAAUUAACUGUUGUGUGUUUUUUCAGGAAUUAGAGGUUAAAGACUAAAUACUGUUGCACAUAAAGUUAUGGUCAUAGUCGUGUUCUAGGAAAUUACAUAAUACAUUAUCUUAUUAACUUUUACCUGUGACUGGUGAAUUUAAACCCUUAGUGGUGUGGAUGCAGUGUUGCCAUUCGUACAUCUUACAUAUGCCUUUCUUUGAAAUAUGUGCUUCUUCAUCUAUUGAAUAUAAUGUGUCACCACCUCCGUGACAGUUUUCAUCAAAUUUUUAAUUUGCGAGUUGAAACAGACUUUCAACUCAGGCAUAAUUAAUGGCUGCAAUAAGAGCUUGAAGGAAAAUCUCCCAUGUUUUGGUUUGUUGGUGCUGUGGCAAACUUCACUGCAAAAUUAUGAUUCACAUCAAAUCUCUACAUGAAGGUGAAUCUCACAAAGGCAAUAUUUUCAAUUGAGUCUUUCAAAACUUUCAAAUAUUUUUUUUUGAAAAAGAAUAUUCUAUUUAGGAGUCCAGUCUAGUGCCUGACAAGAACCUUUCCUGCAGCUUGAAACAUGAUGUGAUCUGCCGGUUCAGGGAUUCCGUGUAAAAUGAUGUGAAUAUUUUCAAACCUUUUACUCACUUGAAACACAUAUUUUGGUGAAGACAUAGCUCUGAGUGAAUCCCAUGUCAAUUAUUAUUUAUUAA